GGGUGGGGGUAUAUAACUUGUCCUUACCUUAAACUUGGAACAUGGUUGACUCUGGGACAGAAGCAAGGGCUAGAGGAAAGGCUGAGGCUGGCCUGCAAGAUGGAAUCAGUGGUCCUGCUGCUGCUAGAGUGAAUGGUAAAACCCAGGCCAAGGCAGUGGCUGAGGCAGAACUGAAAACAGAAUCAGUGACCCAGGCCAAAGCUGGUGAUGGAGCAAUGACCAGGACACAUACAGUGACCUACAGGGAGGCUAUGGCUGUGACAAGGGAAGUGAUCAAGGUGGAAGAUACAACUAAGACUAGAGUCAUGGUUCAGACUAAGACAAAACCCCUGGCAGAACGCAGUAUAGUGCCACAAACCAAGUCAAGGGCCAUGCCUAUGUCUAGGGUCAGUACUGUAACCAAGUCUGAAGUCAAGGUUGUUGCUGUCAUUGAGGCAAAUAUUAAGUCCUAUGCCAAGUCACAUGAUAAGGCCAAUACUGGGUCCAGACCUGACAGAAGGGAAGAGGCCAGCAUUGGGAUGAAAUCCAGUGAUGAGGAUGAAGAAAAUAUAUGCUCCUGGUUCUGGACUGGAGAAGAGCCUAGUGUAGGGUCCUGGUUCUGGCCUGAAGAAGAGACCUCUCUUCAAGUUUAUAAGCCCCUACCUAAGAUCCAGGAAAAGCCCAAGCCCACACACAAACCCACACUUACUAUAAAACAAAAGGUAAUAGCAUGGUCAAGGGCCAGGUAUAUUGUCCUAGUUCCAGUUGAGGGAGGGGAGCAAUCCUUUCCUCCAGAAGGAAACUGGACCCUGGUUGAGACCUUGAUUGAAACUCCUCUGGGGAUUCGACCUUUGACCAAGAUCCCACCUUAUCAUGGGCCUUAUUACCAGACCUUAGCUGAGAUCAAAAAACAGAUUAGGCAAAGGGAAAAGUAUGGGCCUAAUCCGAAGGCCUGCCACUGCAAAUCACGUGGCUUUAGUUUAGAGCCUAAAGAGUUUGAUAAACUUGUUGCCCUCCUUAAGUUAACUAAGGAUCCUUUCAUUCAUGAAAUAGCUACAAUGAUAAUGGGCAUCAGUCCUGCUUAUCCAUUUACUCAAGAUAUAAUUCAUGAUGUGGGUAUUACUGUUAUGAUUGAAAACUUGGUCAAUAAUCCCAAUGUUAAAGAACACCCUAGAGCUUUAAGUAUGGUGGAUGACAGCUCUGAGUCUUCCGAAGGACCAAAAUCAGGGGAGUCAUAUAUACAUCAAGUUUGUAAAGGCAUAAUCUCUUGCCCCAUGAACUCCCCUGUGCAGCUGGCUGGACUGAAAUUACUAGGGCACUUGAGUGUAAAAUUUGAAGAUCACUAUGUGAUUACCAGUUAUAUUCCAGAUUUCCUCACCUUGUUAAACAAGGGAAGUGUCAAAACCAAGUUUUAUGUUUUAAAAGUAUUUUCGUGUUUGUCUAAAAAUCACGCCAAUACAAGAGAAUUGAUCAGUGCCAAAGUACUAUCAUCAUUGGUUGCACCCUUUAACAAGAAUGAGUCAAAGGCCAAUAUUCUUAAUAUUAUUGAAAUAUUUGAGAAUAUAAAUUUUCAGUUCAAAACAAAGGCAAAGCUAUUUACCAAGGAAAAGUUCACUAAAUCUGAGCUUAUUUCAAUAUUCCAGGAAGCAAAACAGUUUGGUCAGAAACUCCAAGACUUAGCAGAGCACAGUGAUCCUGAAGUGAGAGAUAAAGUCAUACGAUUAAUACUCAAACUCUGAAUACCCCUCUGUUCUCAUAAAACCUCAAACAGUUUUUUGGAGUUGCAAUAUGAAAUCAAUGCAUAUUGUAAUUAUAAAUUCAAUACUUAUGUUUUCCAUGUUGAUUGAGGGAGGCAAUUUUAUGGAUACCAAUUAAUCUUGAGUUCCUGAACGUGUGCUGAUUUUUAUUGUGCUAUAUAAUAUAAAUUGAGAUAUUUUUAGUAUUUCUGCAGCGUGACCUGAUAAUGAAUAUUCAUCCUGAGUAAGCUAUACUUCUGUGCUUUAUAUUGAUAUAAGUGUAUUCUUUUGAGAUUUUAUUUACAUGUUGUUAAUAAAGUUGCAUGCUAAAACUGGUGAAAA